AUGUGCCUUUCCGCGCUAAAUCCAAACACGCGCGCCAUCGUGCCUGGAGCUCCAAAAGUGCAACAGACAACAGAGCUUCAGCGACCUCUUCAAAUUCCCAUUCAUCCUCAACUCUUGACCCUCCGCACCUCCCAACCAACUCUAGAACAUCAUGGUACGGGCUACGAUCUCACCAACUCAGUCUUCUCCCCCGACGGCCGGAAUUUCCAAGUCGAGUAUGCAGUCAAGGCAGUAGAGAACGGCGGAACGUCGAUUGGAAUCCGGUGUAAAGAUGGUGUUGUGCUGGCGGUGGAGAAGAUUAUCACAAGCAAGCUGUUGAAGGCUGGAGCAAACAAACGUAUUGCUACGAUCGAUAGACAUGUUGGCGCUGUAUCAUCUGGCCUUGUACCAGACGGAAGACACUUCGUAUCCCGUGCACGAGAUGAAGCAGCAAGCUGGCGUUCAACUUACAAGACCCCUAUUACGACCAAGGAUCUCGCAAGUAGAAUGGGCGGUUACCUACAAGCAUAUACUCUCUACUCUUCCGUACGACCGUUCGGCAUUACCGCAAUUGUAGCAGGCUGGGAUUCUGAGCUCGAGUUGCCCGUGGAUGGUCAAGUAGGAAGCGGACCAUCGAUCGGUUCAGGAGGCAAGGUUGAGGGCAUGACUUUUGGCGGACCGGGUCUCUAUAUGAUCGAGCCGAGUGGGAUGUACUGGGGAUACUACGGUGCCGCAACAGGCAAAGGACGUCAAACAGCCAAAGCCGAACUCGAGAAGCUAGACCUCGCUGCUCUGAAAUUAAGUCUUCAAGACGGUGUCAAGGAAGCCGCAAAAAUCAUCUACGUUGCGCACGCCGACAACAAAGACAAGGAGUUCGAGUUGGAGAUGACCUGGAUCAGUAAUCUCGAUGGACCAACAAAGGGUAGACAUCAGGAGGUCCCAAAGGAUAUCUUGGAGGAGGCUGAGAACUUAGCGAAGAAAUAUUUGGAGGGUGAGGAUGAUGAAGAGACGAAGGAUGAUGAUAAGCCGGCUGAGGGAGACAAGAUGGAGGAAUAG